AUGGCCGCUGACCUUCACCUUCCCCACCAGCUGCCGGCUGCAUACAAGACACUGACUGCUCAGUGCCACUGCAAGUCGGCGCACUUCACCGUCACGGUUCCGACCUCGGCUCUUCCACUGCCCGUCCAUCUCUGCCACUGCAGCAUCUGCCGCACCACUCACGGGACAUUCUGCUGCUUCCACGCGCCACUGCCGAAAGGCAUCGAGCCCGAGUUUGUCGCGCCGUCUUCCAUCGAAUCGUCGCUUACGACCUACAUCCACUCCCCUCAAGCGCCCAGUGAGCGGUUCUUCUGCAGCACCUGCGGCUGUCACAUCGGCGACAGAGACUUGAAGUCGGACCCGGAGACGGGCAAGCCCGAGUGGCGCGUGGCGACCUCCAUCUUCGCCGCACACGACGAAGACACCUUCCAGAUCCGCGCCCACUGCUUCACCAGCCGCGACACCGAGCCCAACCUGUCCACCUGGCUGCCCUCCAUCGGCUCCCGCGCCAUCCACGUCUGGCAGCCCAGCCCGGACGACCCGCGCUUCCCCUUCGCCACCUACCAGCCCCCCAAACCGGACGUCGGCGAGGACGCCCUCCUGGCCGGGUGCCGCUGCGGCGGCGUGCGCUUCGCCCUCCCGCGCCCGUCGCCCGCCGACGCCGCCGACCCGAUCCUGUCGCGCUUCGUCCGGGCCAGCCCCACUCCUUCUUCCCCGGGUGGCGACGACGAACACGACCCGCGCAGCCGCGCGACAGGGCCG